AUGACAAAACCAAAAUCAAGGACAUCAUACCGAUACGCAGACGCAAGGAGAAGCCGCAAGGGAGUUGGUAGUCGCAAGAAGACAAGGAGAGGUCGUAAUGCUUCUCGGAACUCAAAACACAUCCCUAUAUCGGAUGUCGAUGGUGCCUCCGCUCCUCUCGAUCCUUCUUUACUUUAUGACGAUGUUGUUCCUCGAGAGGAAAGAUCGUACACGGACAUUUAUACUGAUCUUGACGUCGAAGAGUCACUAGACAUAGUGGCACCUAGAGUGGGAAGGCUUACCCCUCCACCAGAGCUCGCUGAUCCACAACUACCAACACCAAGUCAACCUCUACUGACGCAGAGUGAGCUUACGAGACAGUCUGCGCCACGAUCGCCCUCUCCCUCACCGCGAUCGCGCACUCCUUCGCCUCCACCGGAUACUAAUAUAGCAAGUCCGACGCCUACGCCUACACCGAGAAGGAUAACACCAAUAUUUGUUGCCCCUCCUAAUCGAUCUCCUACCGCUCAGGCAGCUAUUAAGAGAAAGAUACUAGAACGGAUACCUAAAGCGACGUUUAGAAGUAUUGAACAAGACGUUGAUGAAAGGCCAUUCAUUCGACCCGAGGGUCAUUAUGUUAAACAUGAGGAGCCAACAGAGAUGGAUCUUGCAGCGAGAGUUGAAUAUGAUAUGGAUGAGCAGGACGAUUACUGGUUACAAGAAAUAAAUGAAGCUAGAAAAGCAAUGGAUCUCGGAGAAGUUACUCACAACACUUUUGAGGCCUAUAUCGACCGGUUAGAAAAAGAGUGGUUUGAGGCAACAAAGAAUGCACCAAAGUCACCCGCUAAAUCAUUAUUAGCAGAAGAGAGUGUAUGUUCAAUUUGUGAAGAAAGCGAUGCUGAAAAUAGUAAUGCCAUUGUGUUCUGCGAUGGAUGUAAUUUAGCUGUGCACCAAGAUUGUUAUGGAAUACCAUAUAUACCAGAAGGUCAAUGGUUAUGUCGAAAGUGCAUGGUAUCUCCUGAAAGUCCGGUGUCAUGUGUAUUCUGUCCAAACGAAGGCGGCGCCUUUAAACAGACCACAUCUAAUCAAUGGGCACAUUUACUUUGCGCUUUGUAUAUACCCGAAGUCUUAGUCACAAACACUGUAUAUAUGGAACCAAUCGAUAACGUACAUGCUGUGCCAAAAGCGCGCUGGCUACUAACAUGCUACAUAUGUAAGAUAAAGAUGGGCGCUUGCAUCCAGUGUGAAGAUCCGAAAUGUUUUGCAGCGUUUCAUGUUACAUGCGGACGCAAAGCCAAAUUCUAUAUUAAGCAUAAGUCACCCUACAAUGAACCGGAUCAACUUGGCAGACACUGGGCGUUCUGUCAUAAACAUGGUCCUGCUGAGUAUAGAACAGAAAAUAAAGUCGAAGAACAUCUUGAAGCAGUGAUUAAAUCUUUCGCCGAACUUCGUGGUCGUAAAUCUCGUAAGCCAGUCGAAGAUGAUGAGUAUAUACCUGGAAACCAUUAUUUCGCCUCUUCAGAUGAUGACAGUGACGCCACAUAUGAACCCGAAGCCAGUGACAGUGGAUAUGAUAAUCGGAAUUCAUCCGAAUCUGACGCAGAAGGUGGAAGCGGAGGGGAAGAAAAAACUUCUACACGCCGCGCUAAUAUGUCUACCAAGAAUAAUAAUCCCGAGCAGUUGGUAUUUGUUGAUGAGAGUCUUGAUCCUAAGGCAGCAAGAGCGUAUAAUUGGUCGUAUUCGACUACAACUUACGAAGUGCCAGCGAAUAUACAGGCGUUACUGGUGACUUUAUUGAAUAAACAAAAAGGUUCGUUGAAGAAGGUGAAAGAGCUUGCGAGGGAUAUAAGCGCUUAUUGGUCUUUGAAGAGACGUAGUCGACGUGGAGCUCCUCUUCUUAAGAGAUUACAUUUAGAGCCAUGGACGGCAUCUGCGUCCGCACUCAAACAGUCAGAAGCAGAAAGAGCAAAGAAAUACCAAUCAAUGCGCUAUCUCCGUACUGAUCUAGAAAAAGUGAGGUUAUUAGCUGAUUUGGUAGCAAGGCGAGAGAAAUUCAAACUGCGUCGAAUAAAGGUCGUGAGAGACUAUUUGGAAAUAUCAUUCUUCCCAUUAUAUCACUUACAACGAGAAGCACUAUCAAAGAUAGAGGCAUACGAUGAUGAUGGAUUUUUCGCAAGACCAGUAACAUUGGAAGAGGCACCUGACUAUUUUGAUAUUAUUAAGCAUCCCAUGGACUUUGGAACAAUGAGACAAAAAAUAGACGGUCAUAUAUACAACAAUAUGGAGGAAUUUAAGCAAGAUAUAAACUUGAUAUUUGAAAAUGCUAUGACAUAUAAUGCAGCCAAUACUAAAUACUAUCGAUCGGCCCGAAGUAUACGUAUAAAAGCAAAGGACAUUUUAGAUAAAGCAGAAUCCGAUUAUGCCAGCCUACAAUUCAUUCCGAAUACACAAAUAUUGAAAUACAGCAUAAGGCCUGAAAUAGCAAGUGAUGUUCUCGGUCCGCUACGUCCGCCGUCGCCCGAACCAGGACUAAUUGAAAAACAAUCCGAGCCUAUUGAGCCACCAAAACCUAAACGACGUCGAGUUAACGCAUCCGCGUCGCAUAUACAUCCAGCGGUAUCUCCUCGUACUACAAGAUCACAAUCACGCCUAGCUGCGGAGCAAGCGGAAAUAGCAUCAGCACAGGCCGCUGGCAAUGAAGAGAAACGUCUGCCUAAAGGUUGGGUUUAUCUCUCCGAGGAAGAGUCUAGUGACAAGGAGGCAGAGGCAGUAUCAUCUGCUUCAUUAGAUGGUGUUAGCGAUAUGGAUAUCGUUGUUUCGGAUACGAAACAUCAGGCCAUCGAUAUGAAAGUGAACUCAGAUGCUACGGAUGCUAUUGUAGAAAACGUUAAUGAUUCAAGCGAGAGAUAUCCAGUUGGAACGCUUGUAUGGGCAAAGAUGACUGGGUUUCCUUGGUACCCAGCUGAGGUUGUUGAUCCUGACAGCAUAGAAAUAACACCGGAGAUCCUUGCUGAUAGGACAUCACGGGAUGAGUAUCUAGUUAACUUUUUCGACGAGAAGAAAGGAAGAAAAGGACGUCCACGAUCAUGGAAAUGGAUGCCUCCUUCAAAACUGACUCUUCUUAGUGUUGAUACCGAGGCAGAUUUAGCCAAGUUACGUGACAAAAAUAUGUCUCCGGCAAUGAAAAAGGAUAUUCCCCUUGCAUAUGCUGCAGCAUGUGCUGCUGGUAACGUCACUCCUGUCGCGCUGGAGACUUAUAAUGCUUCUCCAAAGCUAUCCGGUCGCACUCUAUCUCGUCGAUAG